UUAGUUUCGAUAUUAAUCACAAGUUGUUUACCAUGCCAGUCACACUGGAGCAAAAUAAGAACUUGACAAACACGACCGUGUUUUUACCGAUUUGAGGAGCGGUGAGACAGUUCGGCUUCUCUAAAGACUGAAGGCCAGGAAGGUGCACCUUUAACUCACACAUUCAGGGUGAGACUUCAGGGAGAUCACAAAACUGUGUCUGUGGGUGUGAUGAUCUGUAGAGAAGAUGGCAUUCCAAAAAUCAGAUCGGAGAACUGGUACAUCAGAAAUCACCAGUAUUUGCUUGAGUUUUGGCAGUUUCGACAAUUGCAACAAGGUUGAAACAUCAGCACGAGACAGCAGGUCCUAUGGUUUAGAUAAACCAAAUCUCACCAAUGAUAAGAUUACUGACUGGACCCUGAAACUGAAAAGCGUCAUGAAGAGUGUAUUCAAGAGUAAAAAAUCCAGACGUCAAGUGAUUACUGAUUGGAGCCUGGAAGAAUGUCGAGGCUUUAUCAUUAAUCUGGCAAAGGAGCUGAACAAAGUCUCACAGAACACUGACAUACCACACAGUCUUUGGAAGAAUGAGGACACAUUUAGCCUGGUUGAGUGCCGCAGCUUCAUCAUGGAAUGGGCCAAAGAGUUAAACAGGCGGUUCCAGAUUUCUGAGAGGAGUUCUCUAGAUCUGACUCCCAGAGUAGCGUUCUCAGGAUCUGAGGGGACUGAGGAGAAAGAUGGAGGACAGCAGGGCAGGGGGGAGCAGCGCCAUAAAGGACAAAACAUGGGGGAAGAGAAGAGCAAGGGAGGAGAGCAGAUAUUGAAGCAAGAACAGAAAAUCAUUAUGGAGUGGGCGAUGAGUCUCAAGAGUGUGCCGGUUUCUAUCUCACUUGGGGAGGAUGUGUCUCAGGUUCUUGAUGAGCUGGUGAAGGAGUGGAAACGAGGCAAGCUGAGUAACAUCUUACCCAUCCUGGAGUUAAUCAUGUGGGCACUGAUCUUGGGGAAGCCACAGAAGGGGACCAUUCCUUGUAUGUGGCUUUCUAUGAAGCAAAGAUCUCAAACAAUUGGUGCUGUCAGAUGCAUCCCUGAUUCAGUCUGGAAGUGGAUUAUUGAUGCAUCAGUUGAUGUGACUCUGGACCAAGAAACAGCAAACCCUGACCUCAUCUUGUCCAAGGAUAGGAAACGAGUGAGAAGUGGCGCUGUUCGAAAUGGUCACCUUGUCAAUAGCAGUAAAUAUAUGGGCUGGUAUUGUGUUCUGGGCAUGGAGGGCUUCACAUCCGGGAGACAAUACUGGGAGGUAGAGGUGGGAGAGAAGAGAGACUGGAGGCUAGGAGUCACCACUAAGUCUUCCACGAGAAAUGGCUACAGCUUCCUGAAUACCAGCAUGGGUUACUGGACCCUGAGGCUGGAGAGGGGUAGUGAAUUCAAGGCUCUCACUGUCCCUUUUACCCCUCUCCCCCUGAGUCUGAAGCCCCAGAGGCUGGGUGUGUAUCUGGAUUAUGAGGAAGGGCAGCUCUCCUUUUACGAUGCUGAAAAAAAAAGCCAUAUCUACACAUAUACCGAAGAUUUCACUGAUAAACUCUAUCCAGUCUUUGGUACAGUAGACACCGAAUCUAAUGCAGACCUUGUUAUAGUGUCCCAUGCAGGAACCCAUGGUUAAACUGGCUUGUAUCUGCCUCAUUCUGGAAUGUAAAAAAGACAAUUGCAGAUUAUAUAUAUAUAUAUAUAUAUAUAUAUAUAUAUAUAUAUAUAUAAAAAAAAAACUUCAAGAACGUAGAGGUAGUAUCCCUUUAAAGCUUUAGGGUCAAAUGCACCAAUGUGGAUUAACCACUAACCCAGAUUAAAUUAAGGGUUAUAUUUUAAUCAUGUUGCACAAAACUUUAAACCAGAUUUUAUAUGUAUUCCUUGUUUAAAAUUAAUCCAAGGUAAAAUAUUUCUUAAACAUAAAAGAUACAAAUAAAAUCACAUUGCACCACUAAUUUUAAUCCACAUUUAAAUCGAGAGGUGGAUUAAUUUGAAACCUUCCUUGGAGCUGGUUUAAAAUAAAAUGUGCUUUCAAUUCCUCUUCCGAUCACACCAGAGUAAACUGAUCAGCUAUUCAUUCAGUCAGUUUAUAAUGCACUGCAACAAUUAGAUAUAUCAAUAUUAGUCUUGGGAAAUGUUUUUAAUAUUGUCCAUAUUGUGAUUGUUAUUCAUUCAGUAUAAUUUUAGGUCUAGAUCUGGAGUUGUACGAUAGUUACCUAUGGAGUGGUCUGUGGCACACCUUCUUCAACUUCAGCCUUUUGAUUUUCUUUGUUACACAGAAAAAAUCGGUUAACCACACAGCCUUACCAAUAUGUAAUCGAAGCUCGGGAAAUUUAUGGACAGAUGAUCAGUAAUCGAUGCAUAGAUUAAUUGUUGCACCCCUAGAAACUAUACUAUUUUCAUUUCAUAACCCAAAAGGCGAAACACCAACAAACUAGUGCUUGUCGCUCCUAUUCAUCAGAUUAGUCGGCCCACCGCUGGUCUUGUUCAAACCUGAAGAUUAUAUUAAAACGGAGCUAGGCAAAGGUCAGCAGGCAGCCAUGAAACCCACAAGCACAUGACAACUUAAAGCACAUUAUGUGGAAGCUACUGUAAAUCAAGGGCAGUGGAAUAUGAUAGAAGAAAUGAUGUCCUGCUUCUGUAAUUAUAAGAAUUUGUACCUUUUUGUUUACAAAUGAAUCCCUGCAUGUACAGGUGUCGAUAACUAACACACUUCAGUGGCCUUCAAUUAAUGCUCAUUACAAAUGUAUCAUCUCCAGUAAAUGAAUACUUUCUGUAACUUUGUAGCUUUUUUUCCCUGAAACGUAAUCAAGGACAAUACAAUAAAUCUAUUAGAAUUUGCCACUUUAGGUAGCUAAUAAACACUUUCACAAAAAAUAAAUAUUUAAAAGUUUACGCAAAGUAAAACAAAGCUGUUGUUGCAGUUACUUGAUAUUCGGAAUUAAUGCAGGACGACCCGGUCGGCAUAACUAGAGAUCGGGCUAAGGGUUGUACGAAAGCUGCAGGCUGCAUGUGGGGCCUCUUUUGUUUCUUUUUGAUAAUCAAGUUAAAACAUCACCUGGGCAGAUAAUUGUAUAUGAUGAGUAAAAUUAAUAGAAUAUAAUGUUUUCUUAUGCUUGAUCUCCUACAUUUGCUAAACACGCUGUAUACAAAUAAUGACUGAUUGCUAAUCAGAAAUCUAGGAUUAUCUGCUUAAUCCAAGAUUUAAUAAUCCUGGUUUCAAUUUGUGUGGUGCAAUGUAACUAUGAUUAAAACAUAAUUCUAGAUCAACUAACCCCAGUUUAGUGCUAAACUGAGUUUUAUUAAAUCCAUGCUGGUGCAUUCGACCCUUAGAGGUUUACCUGGCUAUUGUACAAGGAAAGCAGUCUACACUACUGCUCGGUAGGACAUGUUUUGUAUUUACCCCCUUUGAUUCAUGCAUUAAACUUCAGUUCUAGCAUAUGAUGCAUAUAGUAAUGAAUAUGUGGCCCGUUCUGUUCUUGCUCAUAAUAUAUUACAUUAUUGGUUUAUUAAAAAAAUCCUUCAUUAUGUGUUGACAGCAGUCUUAUUUCUUGUACUAAAAUGGUAAACUGAUUAAAAUGGUAAACUGAGAAUUCUUCAAUCAAUCACAUACAUGUCUUUGCAAUGUAUAAAACAUGAAAUUAAAGCUGCCUUGGCAUUAAAAAACAAACAAACCUUUACAAACAAAAGUUUACUUUUUACUUUGUUACUUUUUGUUCUGGGGGUUAUAUGUAUGCAAAACUAGACUUAAAUAAUGUGUACUUUUGUCAUAACUUGAGAACUAUACUUGUGCCAUCACAGCAUCCCAUACAGAACAAACAUAUUUUUUGAUAUAUUUUCGGAACUGUAUGAUACUGUAGCAGGGCGAGCAGCCCUGUACAUUGUUUUGUUUAUUUUAGUUUAGAACGGAGUCCCCUCCGCCCCUGUGCAGAUUAUUGUUUUGUGUUUAUUAUGAUUUAGUAUUUAAAUGUAUGACGGCGUAGCCAUUUGUUUAUUUUGUUAUUGUUUAGUAACGUGGAUGGGAAGCCCCAUCCACAUGGUGUAUUUUUGUUGAUGUGUGAUAUGUAAAUGGCGUUUUAAUGUGUCAAUCAUUUUCUGGGUUCUUAUAAUCUAAGAUGUAGCCUAUUUAUAUAUUUGCAUUUUAAUAGUUUGCAUUGAACAUGUUACAACGUGUUACAUUUCUCAACUUUAAAUAAAUUUAUUU